AUGUCUUUGGAAAACACAAGAGUAGAAGAGAAUUUUCAAAGAGCUGUAGAACUUAAGAAGAUUGCCAGGUGGCAAGAUUCACAUGCUCACUGUCUGUGGGAUAUGACCCUGAGUCAGAGGAGAUACCCAUAUGCCCUUCUAAGGAUACAGGACACAAUAGGGCAGGAGUUGGCACUAGCCAAUAAACAGCUACUGAUGGUCCGUCGAGCUGCCCUGCACCAGCUGUAUGAAAAGGAAUAUCAGCAGUAUCAACAAGAGCUAAAUCAAAUGGGAAAAGCAUUUUAUGUGGAGAGACUAUGA